AUGGACCCGGCCAGAAAGCGCCAGAAAGUUUCUUCCGCCUGUGAGCGAUGUCGCCAGCGCAAGCUAGGGUGCGAUCAACAACGCCCGUGCCAGCUAUGUCUCCGAGCCGGGGUAACGUGUGUCCCGCGCGGGGAGCCAGUGGCUCGAAUAUCUCCGAUGAUACCAGUUGCUGCGCCGACUGGGCAAAUGAGAAGCUACAGACGAGCUGCUCCCAUUAGUCUCAAUGAUCGGCAUACUGCAGUUCUUCCAGAGCUUAACAUUGUUGACCUGAGUACCCAGAUAUUUUCGCGCGAUGACCAACAUCAGGCACUGGAGUACGACACCUCCGCCUUGCCGGGAGGCAAGAAGACCUACAGCCCCCUCGCCUCCAGCCCGAUCCCAUGGAGAGAUGCAAUUGGUAUAGAGCUGCCUGCACGGCAAGUCCUGGAUGAACUCGUUACCCAGUUCUUUGACUCAGUAGAUUGGUUUAUGAUGGUAUUCCACGAAGGCAGCUUCCGACAUCGAUACGAGAGUCUUAUUGCUUCUGUGCAUGUUGCUGCACCAGACAACAACUUCCUGUGGCUUGUGUUAUUGGUCCUCGGCCUGGGCGCUCACUACUCGUCCCUUUCCGAGCCCUUCAAUGAACACUGCCAGAGCCUAUCAGUUUUAUCUGAGAAGCUCCUCACCCAGAUCGAAUACAGAUUUUUGCAGAUUAUUGGGUGUCCGAAUGUGGAAGCUGUGCAGGUUUGCGUUCUCUUGGGAAGCUUCCACUUAUUCAAUGGUCGUCCGACUGUUGGAAUGGGUGUGUUAGGCAGUGGCAUUAAAAUUGCACAGGUCAUUGGAUUACAUCGUGAAUCAAUGUGGCACAAUCUUUCCGAAGUGGGGCGAGAGUCUAGACGACGGUCUUGGUGGGCCUUGGAAGUGUUCGACAAGUAUGCAGCUGUGGCCUUUGGCAGGCCAUGUAGUACAGAUGACUCUGAUUGUAAUAUUGGCAUGGUAACGGAUGUGGGGGACAUAAGUCCCCGUCAGAGACCUCUCCUAACAUAUCAUCAAUGGAAAUUCAAGCUUUAUCGCAUCAUGGGUCCCUUUCUAGGGAGAAGGCUUCAAACCAAUCAACUCGACACAGUCAAAGUUAUUCAUGAUCGGCUAGUCACAUGGGAGAGAGAACUACCAGAUAACCUACGUCUGGAAACAUACAAGGAAGAUGAUCACUCGGGACAUCCGCCUUUAAUACAGCUGGCAGCGCUUGCUCUUCAGUUGACCUACGAUAAUCUUCGCAUCAUCCUUCAUCGAAGUGUUGCAUUUGGAGAUAUUGGCCCUGAAGUUAGCUUAAACAGAAGGGUAGUCGAGAGCGGGGGCCCUGCUUUCUCUCGUCAACAGCUGCUGGAGUCUGCAUUACGAACCUCGGAACUGUAUCGAUAUUCCCAUCUUCUGCAGGCCUCUCGCAGGACACACGCCGUAAUGCAUAUUGGGAUAUGCCUGUUUACAUCCGGUGUUGUCCUCUGCGCACUCUCCCUCAUGGACCCAUUGUCCACCACAAGUCAGAAGGCAAAAGCAGGUAUCAUGCAAAUCAUCCGGCUACAGAAGGAAAGGGUAUCGAAGCAGCAUGUCCUAUCGCUUCAAAGCGUCAAGAUCCUCGAGGAUUUGGUCAAUGUUGUCAUGCAAGCCGAACAACGAACAAUUCUGGGUGACCCUAUCCCCACGUCUAUCUCCACACCGAGAAGCCGUGAAAAGCAUGUUGAUGAUCAAUAUAACGACUUCAGCCAAACUAAGACAUAUACGGGUGUUGACUCUGGUACUGUGGUGACGACUGCUCAAGCGUCUCUUAUGCCUCUUCAAGAAGUGUUUGCUAAUCACACACAACAACCUUCGAGCCAAAUGGAAGUUUCCAUUUCUGGAACUUCGUCCUCUACCUGGCAGGACGCAGGAGGGUUGGGUCAUAGGGACUCAGCUUUGGAUUCGUCCGCCGGAUUCUCCUGGGAUGGGAACAUUUCUUCGCUAGUCGACUCUGGACUUGCUGACGCCAGCCAACUGUGGCUUUGGUCGGAUAAUCUUGGUUAUCAGUCAUUUGCUGAACUUAGUGAUAUACUACACUGA